CCCCGGCCCACCCUCAGUCUCGGAGUUCGCGGCUCCAGCGGCGGCGGCAGCAGCGGUAGGCACGGUCACGGUCGCUGAGCGGCUCGGCGGGACGACAGGAGAUCGGCGCCAGGGGAACCUCGCGCGCAUCCUACCGCCCGACAGGCGAAGCCGGCCAGGAGCGUUGCACCAGAAUCCGGGUCGCUGCGGCUCCAGCGAGAGCUUAUUCCCUGCUGGCGGGACCAGGGCCUCGGCCGGCCGCCCACUCAGCCUGCGGGAAGAUGAGCGCCUGCGGGAGGAAGGCCCUGACCCUGCUGAGCAGCGUCUUCGCCGUGUGCGGCCUGGGCCUCCUGGGCAUUGCCGUCAGCACCGACUACUGGCUGUACCUGGAGGAGGGCGUGGUCCUGCCCCAGAACCAGAGCACGGAGAUCAAGAUGUCCCUGCACUCGGGCCUGUGGCGCGUCUGCUUCCUCGCAGGCGAGGAGCGGGGACGCUGCUUCACCAUAGAAUACGUGAUGCCUAUGAACACCCAGCUGACAUCUGAGUCCACGGUCAACGUCCUGAAGAUGAUUCGCUCAGCCACACCAUUCCCUCUGGUCAGCCUCUUCUUCAUGUUCAUCGGCUUCAUCCUGAGCAACAUCGGACACAUCCGUCCCCACAGGACAAUACUGGCCUUUGUCUCUGGCAUCUUCUUCAUCCUCUCGGGCCUCUCUCUCGUGGUCGGCCUGGUGCUCUACAUCUCCAGCAUCAACGACGAGAUGCUCAACAGGACCAAGGACGCGGAGACCUACUUCAGCUACAAGUACGGCUGGUCGUUCGCCUUCGCUGCCAUCUCCUUCCUUCUAACAGAGAGUGCGGGGGUGAUGUCCGUGUACCUGUUCAUGAAGAGAUAUACCGCCGAGGACAUGUACAGGCCUCACCCCGGCUUCUACCGCCCGCGGCUGAGCAACUGCUCCGACUACUCGGGCCAGUUCCUCCACCCAGACGCCUGGGUCCGGGGCCGCAGCCCCUCCGACAUCUCCAGCGACGCCUCCCUGCAGAUGAACAGCAACUACCCAGCCUUGCUCAAGUGCCCCGACUACGACCAGAUGUCGUCUUCCCCCUGCUGAGCCUCGCCACCGGCCUCCUGGGACUGUGCACAGCCAGGCAGCUUCUCCCGAGCUCCCCUGCUGGCCUGUGAGCCCCAGGCCCAUGGCUGACAGGCCAGCCCCCCCUCCAAGCUUAGCUGUUGUCACUUGACCCAAGUUGUUUCCCUGCUUCCCCCCCCCUCCGCCCACCCAGUAUCUCUAACUGCCCCACGGUGGCAACAGGGGUCUGGAGCCCGUGGGCAAGCAGAUUGGCUGAGCGCAUGAGUGCAGCCCCACCUUUGGAGCGCCAGUCGCACCAGCCACUCUCCCCUUCCUGGAGCAGGCGGGUGUCGCAGCCGUGUAUUGGUCCCUGCACACCCACCUUCAUGGCCCAGGCCAAGGCCAAGGCCAGCCCUGAGAGGCCAGGCUCCUCCUCGCACAGGCCCAGCGGGACCUGAGUGCUUGCCAGCUGGCCUGGCCCUCACACUCAUGGUGAUCUGGACCACGGACCGAAAGGUGACUCUGAUGCAGAGGUCUGGCUGGUUCAGAAUUGUCCAGCAGUGUUCCUUGUGAAAUCUUGUAUUCUCUUUGUCACCCACCUCCCUCCAUGCAACUCCCCUGUCUGUGCUCUCCACCCCCCACUCAGCCCCCCAGACUGUGAAUCCCUCCCCUUCUCCCACCAGAACUCAACUGCCCUAGGGGACUAAGGGGGCUCUGAGGCCGCUGAUGAAGUCACAAAGAGGUGUUAAUGGCUGAUGAUGUCUUAAUCUGUAUGGCCCCUCCCUGACAUUUGACAGGGGUCUUCAAUGCCUUAACCCAAAGAAGUGACUCUGAUCAUGAGAAUUUCAGAGUUUUCCUGGCCUGAGUUCAUAUUCCCAGGCACUGUUUCAGGCUCUGGGGAUACUGUCCCUGCUCACAUGAGCCAUACGUCCAGUCCAAGACCCUCAGAUCCAAACAC